AUGGCCAACUACGGAACUUCCAUGAUAGACAUCCAGCGGGACCUCAUUCUCAACACCAUCCGCACUACCGUUCGCGGCGACGUACGCACACUUGGACUCUGCGCAUGCCAAUCGCUAACCCCCCAACAGUGGAAGAUCCUCAUAGUCGACGAAGACAGCAAGAAGCUCAUAGACAAUGUGGUCAAGGAAGAUGACAUCCUCGAUCUCAACAUCACAAACAUUGAGCGCCUCGAAGAACGGAGAACCACACAACGGGACAUGGACGCCAUAUACAUACUCUCGCCUAAGCCGCAUAUUGUCGAUUGCAUCAUGGCAGAGUUCGAGCAGAGACGGUACCGGGGCUUCUUCCUCAUAUGGACAACAUACAGGACUAAGAAUAUGGCAGUGCUCCCACCACCGCUGAAGGAACGAAUCGACCGCUCGCAGAUGGCACGGGAACAAAUCAGGAGCUUCAGGACCGUGCAUCUCGACUACCACCCCCAAGAGUCACAUCUUGUAACCUUCAAGGACCCCUGGAGCUUUCCCAUACUAUACCACCCAGAGUGCAACAAUCUAGUCGUCCGGCAUAUGGAGGAAAUGGCAGAGAAGAUUACAGGAAUCUGCGUCGCGCUUGGCGAAUAUCCUAUCAUUCGAUAUUACCGGCCACGCAACCCAACACACGAGGCUAGUGUGCUCUGCUCACACCUCGCGCGCUUCGUGCAAGAUAAACUCGACAUGUAUGCACAGUUUAACCAGGACUUUCCCCCACAGUCUAACCGGCCUCGUGGGGCACUUUACAUCACUGACCGCUCCAUGGACCUUGUGGCGCCCUUUGUACACGAGUUCACCUACCAAGCCAUGGCUUUCGAUCUGCUACCCAUCAACGAUGCCGACAAAAUCACAUUCAAAACCAUGAUCAACGAAGGAGAGGAAGAUGCCGAAGAGAAAGAUAUGGAGAUUACCGACAAGGACAAAAUAUGGGUCGAGAACCGCCAUCGCCACAUGAAGGAUACCCUCGAGAAGAUCAUUGGCGACUUCAACAAGUUCAUCAAGGACAAUCCUCAAUUCACUAAUCCAGAAGAAGCCACGGGUAUGGCUGGAAUUAACCAGAUCAAGGACAUGCUCGCUGGAAUGCCGCAAUUUCAGGAGAUGAAACAAGCCUAUUCACUGCAUCUCACUAUGGCGCAAAAAUGCUACCAGAUUUGGCUACCAUCGAACAGUGGUCUGGAUGAAGACUAUCGCAAAGCAAAAAAUAUGGCUGACCAGGUCGUGCGAGCUUUGGACCAAGAGGGUAUCACAGCUUCUGACCGACUCCGUCUGAUUGCCAUGUACACUUUGUAUAAAGAUGGAAUCCUACCGUCUGAUCUGGAAAAGCUCUUGUUACACUCACAACUUCCGCCAACGGACGGUGCCGUUGUCGCCAACCUAGACCUCAUCGGCGCACGAGCAUCGCGACGAUUGAAAGAGAAAAGGGAUCCACCCGCGCCACUCUUCCCUCCCAAGGCGGCACCACCUCUGCAAGAAGACGACUACAGCCUUUCUCGAUUCAACCCCGCCGUACAAGACAUGCUGGAAGAGCACGUCCGUGGCACGCUUCCACAAGACAUAUUUCCGUUUAUCAAGAUGUCGCCAGAUGACAUGACAGCCAUGCAAGAUAACACUCCCGCAGCAUCUCUCCGCUCCGCAAAGCCGACAUGGGCGAAAUCCCGCUUAGCAAACGUCGAGCCACGCCAGCGCGUCAUUGUGUUUAUGGCCGGUGGCGCAACAUACUCCGAAGCCCGCGCCUGCUACGACGUCUCAGCCAAGACUUCGCGAGACGUGUUCCUCGUCACUUCACACAUGGUCAAGCCGCAGCUAUUUCUCCGCCAAGUUGGUGACCUGAGCGCCAACCGCCGUCAACUGCAUCUCCCACUCGACGGCCCACAACCACAAGCUCCGAAGCAUCUGUUCGAGAAGCCGGAGCCUCCCAAACCCGCACCGCCACCGGCAGGCACCAAGCCCAUGCCCUCGGGUCUACCACAGGGCCCGAGAGUAGCUGGCCCAAAACCACCAACGGCGCAGAUGGGCGCGAUCAACCUCAACGCGCCAGCACCAGCUCCAGCCCCUGCACCAACGUCAAGUAGCGGCAAGCAUAAAGACAGCAGUGGAAAGCACAAGGAUGAAAAGGACAAGGACAAGAAAAAGAAGAAGUUGCAUUUGUUUGGCUCCAAGCAUUAA